AUGGCUGAUGGGUGCAAAGGGCAUUCGGAUCAUUCGGAUCAUCACAAGGUGGCCACGGCCACGGCGGCCACGGCAUCUUUCUUGCUAGGAGAUGCGGCGAAAAGCAGCCACACUCUUUGCAGAGAAACAGCGCACAUGCAAGAUUUGCACGUCUUCCUUGAGGCAGUGGGGCGCAAUGAGAGUCACUUCGAAGACAUGAUUAGCCGCAUCCGCAGGAAAAGGCUGGCGAAGUUUGAUGUCAUGGAUUUCUGUUUGGCCAAUGGGAAUGGGAUGAAUCGCUCGACUUCCACCUCGCCUCGCUCCUUCCGUGAAAGUGUAGAAACAUAUGAGCCAAACAGGUUCAAGGUGAGCUUGUGA